GGCCCACUCAUUACCAUCUUUUAUAUUGGUGCGCUGCUCUGAAGGCACAUCAUGGCAAAGCGCUGCGUCCUCCCCUCCGCGGGCCAGUGAAGCGCGCCCCAACAGGUGUCAGUCAGCGGGACCUAUGUUUGCUUUUUAAUGUUCUCCAAAAUGGUAUCGAAGCUGACGUCCCUGCAGCAGGAGCUCCUCAGCGCCCUGCUGGACUCAGGAGUCACCAAAGAGGUUCUGAUCCAAGCCCUGGACGACAUGGACCCCGGGCCGCCGGGCUUCGGAGUGAAACUGGAGAACCUGUCCAUGUCUCCUCCUCCUUCCAGCGCCAAGCUGAACGGAGGAGACUCCGACUCCAAGCCCGUGUUCCACACGCUCACCAACGGCCACAGCAAGGGCAAGCUGUCCGGGGACGAGGGCUCCGAGGACGGGGACGAUUACGACACCCCGCCGAUCCUCAAGGAGCUCCAGUCCUUGAACACGGAGGAGGCCGCGGAGCAGAGAGCGGACGUGGACCGCAUGCUGGCAGAGGAUCCAUGGCGUGCUGCCCGCAUAAUCAAAGGUUACAUGCAGCAGCACAACAUCCCCCAGAGGGAGGUGGUGGACAUCACGGGCCUGAAUCAGUCUCACCUCUCCCAGCACCUCAACAAAGGCACGCCCAUGAAAACGCAGAAGCGAGCAGCUCUCUACACCUGGUAUGUCAGGAAACAGCGGGAAAUUCUCAGACAGUUCAACCAGGCAGUUCAAGGUUCUGGGAGCAAUAUGACAGACAAAGGCAAUCAGGAUCCGGUGUUUUUUUUCCCAGAGUUCAAUGCAUCUGGGCAAGGCAUGGGUCAGGCCAGUGAGGAAAUCGGCAGCGAGCCUUCCUGCAAGAAAAUGAGACGUAACCGUUUCAAAUGGGGGCCUGCGUCCCAGCAAAUCCUCUACCAGGCCUAUGACCGGCAGAAGAACCCCAGCAAGGAGGAGAGGGAGGCUCUGGUGGAGGAGUGCAACAGAGCCGAAUGUCUUCAGAGAGGCGUGUCCCCCUCCAAAGCUCAGGGUCUCGGCUCCAAUCUGGUGACUGAAGUGCGAGUUUACAACUGGUUUGCAAACCGGCGUAAAGAGGAAGCCUUCAGGCAGAAGUUGGCGAUGGACGCGUACAACACGCCGACCCACACUAUCAGCACGCUGCUGCCUCACAGCUCGCCGCAUCACGGUCAGACCAGCGCUUCACCUCCCAGUAAGAUGCCAGUGCGAUACAGCCAAGGGCCCGGUGAGGUCACCUCCUCCACAACCAUCAGUCACCACAGUAGCAACGCCAUGGCGACGAGCCAGUCGGUGCUGCAGCAGGUGUCUCCGGGAGCACUGGACCCCAGUCAUAGUCUGCUGUCACCUGAUGCCAAGAUGAUUUCUGGUUCAGGUGGAGGACUCCCUCCAGUGAGCACACUGACCAACAUCCACAGUUCCCAUCACAGCCAUCAGCAGACACAGAACCUCAUCAUGCCUCUUUCUGGAGUCAUGGCUAUAGCACAGACUUUGAACACGUCACAGUCUCAGACGGUGCCGGUGAUCAACAGUGUUGCAGGCAGCCUGGCAGCCCUGCAACCGGUUCAGUUCUCUCAGCAGCUCCACAGUCCGCACCAGCAGAGCCUGAUGCAACAGUCUCCGAGCCACAUGAGCCAGCAGCCCUUCAUGGCUGCUGUCACACAUUCACACAUGUAUCCACACAAACAGGACUCCCCGCAAUAUUCUCACCCAUCGCGUUUCCCAUCAACCAUGGUUCUCACGGAUACCAACAACAUCAGUACUCUCAGCUCCAUGCCCUCAAGCAAGACGGACGCUCCUGUAAACAAGAUGGUGCAACUUGGGGGUCUCUCCUGGUGUCCGCUUCAAGCUUGGUGAGAGUGCACACCUGACUUCAUCGGUGCUCAGCAACCACAGCACAUUUUUCCACCUUCUCACCGUGGUAACCAUGGCAACGCUUAAUAACCGGCAACAGCGCGCUGGUUGAUGAGUCGGUCAAUAAACAAGGAGUGGCGAUGACGGCAGGCGGUGAUGAAAAUGAGACAGAGUCACACGAGGAGACUGGACUCGCUCUGUCACAAGUGAUCAACAAGGAUAAAUGUUUUUUCUUCUUCUUCUUCUUCCUCGGACCACAAUCUUUGAAAACAGUAUUCAAUUUUUCAUGUCCAUUUUCAAAAAUAUCAAAUUUCUUUUCUUUUUUGUGACAAUACGAAGGAACAAAGACAAACCAAGCACAGAAAAACACUCAUGAAACUAAUGCUGUGAGGCGAGUCACAGAUAUGCUGUGAUUGACGGUGGAAAAAUGAAGACGAUUCUGAAUCCCAACAGAUCAGUCUGGGAAUGCUGAAGUACCAUCUGAUGCAGACUGUCUCACAUCUGGGUCCUGGAUGUCACUGGUAGAUUCAUAUCUUUCUUUAGUGGCCACACAAAUUCCGACCCUUUCAUUGGACUUCAGAGCAGAACUGUGACGUUCACAAUUACCUGAAAUAUCUGUAAGAAAAAAAAAAUUGCCUGUUGAGGACCAUACAGGCCAUUUUGUCUCUGUGAGCAGAAUAUUUGCAAUUUAUGUAGAGGUUAGGAAAUACUGGAAACUAUUUUCAAAAACAUACAACUGAAACAGAGAAUUUCCAAAAAAAAAAAAAAAAAAUUUAUGCUUAAAAAAAAAAAAAGCAAGGUCAU